UAUCUAUUAACGCUGUGUGUUUAACAGACCGGAGCCUGCAACGGUUAACCGUGGCUAACGUUAGCAUGCUCUGCUAACGUUAGGUACACCGUUACGGUAGCUCAAUCAAAAAAGAAAAAACGUGAUCGUCAACAGCGAUCCUACAGCACAACAAGGUUUAGUUAACCUGUUACUCUUGUAAAAUGCAGGAAUAUCACAGAGACUGACAAAUUCCUGUGUGUCAUCCUUGUGGAUCAUGGGCAAAGUAUACCGAGGACUCAGUGAAAUCUACAAGAUCCCUUGUUCCAGUGGUUCACCUUCAAUACCAACAAAAUACCAAGCAGUGGUGAUAAACAAUGAGGAGAAGAAGGGGUUUUCAUCUCAAACUAAGAGGUUCCCCCUGUCACUCCAUCUGAAUGAAACUGUAGGACCGGGAAGCUAUGGCGGCAUUGGUCAUGCUGAACUGAGCAGCCCCUCUUUCUCAAAGAGAGGCACCACAGGCUUAGCAUCCAAGGCUGCAAGGCUUCCCCGCAGCCCACGCAGAUGCAUCCCGGGACCAGAUGCAUACAACCUGCAGGCCUCCAUCCUAAACAAGCACAGCUUUGGCUUGGGAGUCUCCAGGGUCUUCAGACUGCCUGUGGCUGUGCAGCGUGACAGUCCUAAGAACAAGACACCAGCACCAAACCAAUAUGAUGUAUGCUUUGGAGGGCGAGACACUAAAAUCCUGCAGGCUGGUUCAUCAGGUUUUCUAUCAAAAACUGGACGCGGCAAUUUCUGCCCAAACAGAAACAUGCCAUCACCAUGCCACUAUAAGGUUAGUGACACCUUAAUUCAGAAAGACCCCAAGGCAGCCAUAUCACCCUUCAAAUCAAAAACUCCAAGAUUCCCUGCUCCAUUGGACAACUGUGUGCCAGGGCCGGGAGCCUACAACCCUUACCAGGCCCCUGUGCCAAUGAAGAGGCCCGUCCUGCCGAGGAGACAUUAUCUGGCAAUAUCAGCAGCUCCUCUGCCUGUUCCCAAGGACCCUCCCCUCCCAGGCCCUGGGCAUUAUGACAUAGUGAAUUAUGACGGCCCGUCUAAGCAGCUCAUGUCCUCUGCAGCGUUUGUGUCCAAGACCAGUCGGAUACCCCAAGACCAACGGGACAAGGGGGGGCCAGGCCCAGGUUUUUAUGAGCCACAAAUGCCUUCAAAGCAGUCCUUCUUUUACUGCCACUCCAAGGUCUGGAUUCCUGUAUGAAGCACUAAAGGAUAUUCACCCUGCAAAUAUGUGCAGGUGCUUUAUUCUCAGCUGCGCCUGUUUGGUUCCUGUCUCGCUGGUCCUCCUUACCCAUGCUGCCUUGCAAUAUGUGCUCCAUGUUUUUGUUUAUGUGUCAGUCCAAGAAUCGCUAACAGAUGCAGCACCCGUCUCUCACUUUGAAGUUUGUGUGUUUGUGUGUGAGUGUGUGUGCGCAAGAUACAGUGAGAAUAAGUGGGCGCCAUGUCAAAUUUA